AUGGCCAGCGACAACGACACCGACGCCGGCGCUGCCGCUGUUCCCCAGGCUGAGGGAGUGACCAACGGCACCGAUGAGGUCGCCGAGCUCAAGAAGCAGUUGAAACAGGCCCAGGACGAGCGCCAGGAGGUGCAAAGCCAGUACGACACCUUGGUGGGGAAAGUGUCGCUGAUGAAGCUGGUAUUCACCAAGAUGAAGCUGGCGCAGAAGGAGUUGGAGGAGACGAAGGAGGCGAUGCUGCUGUUGCUGGAGGAGAACCAGAGUUUGACCGAGGAAAUCCACCAGUUGAAGGAGAAGCUAAGCCAACAAACGAAGGAGGUUAAUGAGGCGAAGGAGAAAAACGAAGUGCUUAAUACCGAGUGUGACAAGCUCAGCCAGCAGUGUAAGCUGUUUGAAGGACAGAUCAGCCAGUUGAACGACGAAAAGUACGCGUUGGAGACCAACCAGAGCACCCACCAGAAACGGGCACUGGAGCUUAAACGCCAGCUUGGCAUUAAGGAAGUGGAGGUGCUGGAGUUAAAACAGGGUCACAGCGAGCUUCAGACUAAGCUUGAGACUACAGAAGCGGCGCUACUGCUGGCCCAACUGGCUAAGGAACAAGCCGAACAAAAGUACCGUGACGCCCACGCCGAGAUCGCCGAACAGGCCCAGCGACAUGAGGAGACCAAGAAGUCGUUGACCACCACCAUUGACUCUCAAUUGACCGCCAUCGCUGAGCUAGAAAGCAAAAUCACUGAUUUACAACGCCAGCUUGAAACAAAAGAGGAUAAAAUCUCUGAGCUCGAGCAACAAUCACAAGAGAUCGACACUUUGAAACAAGAAGUGCACGCCAAACAGCUUCAGAUCGGCAAGCUCCGCCACGAAGCCAUCAUUCUCAACGAGCACUUGACCAAGCUGCUCACGCAAAUAAAGGAGCUGAUGGGGGACGAGCUGACGCGUGUCGACAAGGAACUUAUCACCAAUUUAAUUAUCCAGUUUCUCCAGUUCCCCCGAGGCGAUUCCAAGAAGUUUGAGACGCUUCUGCUCAUCGCCCUGACAUUAACUUGGGACGACACCCAGCGAGUGGCGGCGGGGCUUCUGCUGGGCGGCUCCGCCGCUGGCGACGGCAAGCGGCUCAAACCGAGUUUCGCCGGUUUAUGGACGGAGUUCUUGGAGAAAGAACUGACCAAGAAGUGA